AUGGGGCAACCCCCCAACAGGCCGGGCGGCCCCUGGAGAGCGAUUCUCUUGGCAGCCUCUGUCCUGGGCUCCUGCCUCCAGCCGGCGCCGGCCCAGACCCCAGUGACCAUCACCCCGCCGAGCCCCAUGGUGGGAGGGGGCGUCAGCCUGGCCCCGCAGCCAACGCCACAGAACUUCACGUCCUGCAGCUGGCACCGAUCAGCGACCGCUGCUGAAAACAACCGGAUCCUCACCUACUUCCCACAAACGCUCCCUGUUCUGUACGGCGGCCGGGCCCAUACGGGGCGGGAGACAGUGGGGCCGGGCUGCGUCCUGCACAUUGCGGGGUUAACACUCGGCAACACCGGGAACUACACGGUGCAGAUACACAACCCUAUCGCCGCUAGCCCUGUCCUCACCACGGUGGUUCUGCGCGUCUAUGAAAUGCUGCCCAGGCCCUCGGUGACGCCAAACCAAACCCUCGUGCUGGAGAACGGGGCCUUCACCCUCACGUGUAACGGCUCCCCCAGCGCCGACACCGUGCUCUGGCUCCGGGACGGGUCGUACCUCGCGCCCAGCGAGCGGCUGGGGCUGUCCCCUGACAACCGGACCCUCACGGUGCUGGGUGUCACCCGGGGCGACGCCGGCGCCUACCAGUGCGAGGUCGGGAACCCCGUCAGCACCAACCGCAGCGAGCCCAGCACCGUGACGGUGGCCUGUUCAGGCCGCCAGAGCAAGACCCCCAGGCGGAGCGAGAUGACCCCCCCCAGAGUACGAGAACCAGCCCCCUGCAGCCCGGGCAGGCCCAGCGGACAGACCCUUCAGCCCCCGCCCAGCCUGGCAGUGCCUCUGCCCCGGCUCCCGGCUGCCUUCCCCUUUCUCCGCAUGGGGACAGAGCGGCCGCCCGGCUCCCAGCCGAGGGCUCACCGGGGCGUGGCCAGUGGGACUAAUCCGGCCGCGCUGCAGGACAGACCUGAGCCAUCCUAG